AUGGCCGAGGAACGGACCGAGCUGGAGGAGAGGAUCAUCAUCAAGGACCAGCACACCAAGGAGAUCGACCUGGUGAACAGAGACCCGAAGCGUAUAAACGAGGACGUGGUGAAGGUGGAUUUUGAGGACGUGAUAGCUGAGCCUGUGGGAACAUACAGCUUUGACGGCGUCUGGAAAACCAGCUACACCACCUUCACUGUCAGCAAGUACUGGUGCUACCGGCUGCUCUCUGCCAUCCUGGGCAUCCCCCUGGCAGUCAUC